UGCAUUUAAAAUCACAACAUAUUGUAGAAAUAUUGAAAUAAGUCCUUAUUUAUGUCGGUAUGACGUCAUAGUAUUAUGUAAUAGCUUAAGAAAAAUGACACUCUCUAAUACCUUGAACCCUGAACGAUAAAGUAGACGUGUCGCAAGAGGGUGUGUAUUUUCCUAUUUUCUGCAUUAUUUUUAUCAUCAAGAAUUGAAUUAAAAAUCAUUGUGAAUGUUGAAAUGUGCCACGCUUGCGCUGAAGUCAAGGGGCAUGGUGCAAACUGAGCACCAGGGAAAACGUUGCAAAGUUUAAGUUUGAAGAAGAUUUUGGAUUCAGUGACGCCAAAAGUCAAGUUGGGUGCCUAGGUCACCACUGGCCAUCACCAGUCAUGGCCAUGACACUGAUCGAGGGUGUCGGCGACGAGGUGACGCUGUUCUUUGUGCUGGCGCUGCUGGCGGUGGUCGCCUGCCUCGCCUGGUGGACCACCCGCGUCGCCGACCGGCCGCUCCGCAUCCAGACCAUCAUCGUCGGCCAGCGCGUCAUCCACGUGGACGAGAGCGGCGAGCCGACCACGGCAGCGGCGGCGGCGGCGGAGGGGGCCGGCGCCGGGCCGCCGCCGCAGCCGCCCCCGCCGCCGGCCGGGCCCACCGAGCCGGCCGAGCCGAGCUGCGAGGAGGACGAGGACGGAGAGGUGGAGCUGGUCCAGCGCGAGGACCUGGCCGGGGAGGCCGCUGCCGCGGACAGUCCGCACGGUGAGGGUGCUACUGGCGCCGAGGGUAGCGGGGAGGAUCGCGUUACCGCGGCGGAAAGCGGAACAGCUUCCCAAGGAGCUGCCGCUGAGGGUGGCACAGAGGCCGUGAAUACAGCUGAUGACGGUGGAUCAGAAUCCUCGAAUACACCUGCGGCGGCCGAGGACAGGCCGGAGAGUGCUCCUGAGGGCAGUGCGCCGAGUGACCCGGCCUCAUCCAACCCCAUUCCCGACCCGACGGACGAUGUGCGGAUGCAGCUGCGGCAGCGACGGCUGGCGUUCAUGGCCCGUCAGGCGGCCGGACCGGACACUCGGUCAGAGGAGGCCGCGCGGACAGCAGCCGCGGACACGGAGAGGACAACACCGGACACGGAGAGAACAACAGCGAACACGGCUGAAAGGACCACAGCAGACACGGACAGGACUGCGGCGGAUACAGCAGACAGGACUGCUACAGACACGACCGACCGAGCGGCGGAGACGGAGGCGCCGUCGGAAAACUCCCAAACCAUCGUGGUGAAGCUGAAGUUUCUGAACGACACCCAACGACUGGUGGAAGGAAGACGCGCUGAACCGCUGGCCGAUUUCAAAAGGCGCCACUUCCCCACGGAGACGGCCGCUAACCGGAUCGUGCGCCUCAUCUUCAACGGUCGCGUGCUGCCCGAUCAGGAGACACUGAGCCAGUGCGGCCUGUACCACAACUGUGUGGUGCACUGUCACGUGUCGGCCCACCCGCGGCCGGCGGCCGGCGGGGGCGCGGCUGCCGGCGGCGGCGCGCCGGCUGAGCUGGACAUCGGCGUGCUGCUCUACCCGGUGCUGACGUCAGUGGUGACGCUGGUCUGGGGCCUGCGGCUGCGCUACCCGGAGCUGUUCAGCGGCACGGCCGUCCUCCUGCUGGCCGUGCUCACCCUGCUGCUGGCCUGUUUCGCGGCGGCCACCUUCCUACCCCUGGACCGGCUGCCGGGCGGCGCGGCGGCCGCCGGACGGCAGCAGCAGCGGGGACGGUAACCGGGCGCCGAGCGUGCAGCUGGAUCGCCCAGGGCGGCGGACAUUGGACAGUGCGCGGUAGUUGAGUGAGCAACGCCAAAGUUCUAGAGGUGCGUUGCAUUUGUGUUAGGAGAGCUGAUAAAGCCGAGCUGAGUCUCCCAAAGGCCUCAGCCAUUGACACAAUUCGCGGAGCUUAUCGGUAAGACGAUACACCUUAUUGGUAAGGUGAUAGGUUAUUGGGGAGGAAAUAGGCUAUCAUCUGGAGAAUAUGUCGGAUAUGGCUGAACACCGAGUUGGCUGAAACCCAAGGCAUUCUUGGAAGCUGAUGACCGAAAUAGUGGAGCUAUUGACUAUGACUAGUGGGUGACAAUUCUUACGAAGCCUGAGACUCGCAACAGUCCAUGCGUUUAGAGAGGUGCAGAUCUAGCGGUCUAUAUCGGCGAUACUGUUGUCUGGCUCCAGAGCUUUAGGUCCGUCGCAUGACGGACCCAUCACCAGAUUGCGUUUAGGCACGCGGUAUUGCGUCCGGGUUAGGUGAGGGGCAGGGCGGCUGGUUUCGGGCGCUUCCAGCACCACCCACGGUGACUGGCGUCAACCCGAAGACCCGCCGGGGCCGGCAGGCGAGGGGAAAGCCUGCCGAUGCCGUCUGUGGGAGCGUGUGUGCCGUUUGGUGUCUGUGAUACGUGUUCUGGGACUGUGUGUGCGUGGUCUUGUGUUGCGAUUCGGGAUCCACCGGGGCAAUUCCAUUCACUCACUAGCGUUCCCCUUAUUCCUUCUUGGUCUUCUAGAAGGCCGAGUUUCCACAUAAAUCCGUGUUUAUUCUCGUAGGCACGUCUUACGAGCGAGGAAUGCGAAUUGUGAGUCGACUGCUCGCGUUAAGUUAUUGUAAUAAUAAUAAACGAAACUACCUAUUACGAA